AGUAGAUGACAUACAAACUGACCGAUCAAAGUUCUUGUAAUAUAGUUUUCUUUUUAUUUGUGAAGGGUAUUAUUGCUUCGGUGCAAAUGUUUCUGCGAAUCGCUGUUGAUAUACUAUGUAUGUAUGUAUGUAUGUACUCAUAUUAAAUAUUUAUAAAUACUACGUUGUCCUGAUCAAUCAGAAUUUUUCCAAACACUAAUUCAUUUAAAAUGCUCUUUUUCUUUAAAGAUAUACAAAAACCACAAAUGCAAUAACCACAAGCUUGCCACAUAAUUAAUGUGCAUUAUACUCUAAAAAAAUAUAUAUAAAGGACCCCUUAGUCAACAUAUGUGUUUAACGAUUUGAUACUAGCUGCUGUGAAAACAAAACAAAUAUAGUCUACUAAACUGACGAAUAAAAUGGAUUUUGUUCAAUUUUUUUGGUUUCCUAAUGCUUUAUAUCGCAUAGUGGGUUAUGAUUUUCAACAAUUGCCACGAGCAAAUUGGCGACAGGCUUUAAUGAAAGCAUUUCUUAUAUUUACGACAAUAAGUGGUAUAUGCACGCGCAUCUAUAUGCUAUUCCAAUUGCGUGAACUGAUUUUAAGUGGUGACAUUUUGAAUAGCUUUCGUUUAGGUGUAUAUAUAUCUUAUGCUAUUGAUUCAAAUGUGAAAUUUUUUGUAUUUCUUCUGAAUGCAAAACGUCUUCGUGUAAUUUACCAAUCUCUGUCUAAUGAGUACCCAAUGACGUCUAUUGAACAAAAAUUAUAUCAAGUGGAUAAAUACAGCUUCAAACGUGCCCGUAUAAUGAUUGUUUCUUAUCUAACGGUAACUAAUUCGAUACUUAUUGGGCCAAUGCUCCAGUCAAUUUUCAUGUACAUAAUAGAUUUAUUUCGUUACGGUUAUGCUGCAGCAGCAUUUUCAUAUUUGCAUCCAACACCAAUGUCAUAUAACUUUAACUAUUGUACGCCGCAUUAUUACAUUCUCAUCUAUAUUUCGGAAUACUUAAACGGGCAUUUUUGUACAACAACAAAUUUGGGAACGGAUUUAUAUGUGUGCACUUUUGCGGGACAAUUUUGUAUGCAGCUGGAAUAUUUGGGAUCCUCACUGGAAGCUUAUGAGCCUAGCAUGGAUAACUCAAAGGCAGAUUGUGAAUUUUUGAUGGAAUGGAUAAGAAAGCAUCAGUUAAUGUUGGACCUUUGUAGCGAACUAAAUGAAGUUUUUGGAACAACUCUAUUAUUUAAAUUAAUAUCAAAUUGUGCCGUAUUUUGCAUAAUUGUUGUGCAACUGAAGUUGGAGGGCUUUGGUUUCGGAUUCUUAAAUUUUCUCAGCUUCUUUUUCGUUACUGUUGCCCAAUUCUUUAUGGUAUGUCAAUAUGGACAGAAGCUGAUUACCAUUAGUGAAAACUUAGCACUAUGUGCAUACAAAAACCGUUGGUAUAAUGGCUCGCAAACAUACAAAACCUUAUUAUUUAACAUAAUUGCGCGUGCGCAGAAACCAGCCCGGCUGACCGCAAAAGGAUUUCAACCUAUAUCGCUGGCGACCUUUCAAAUUGUAAUGACGAUGACCUAUCGCGUAUUCGCGGUGCUGCAACGUGCUUUGGAUUAGUAUAAUUAAUAUUUUAUUGUUUAUAAAAAAUAUUUUGAUAAUUCAUCUUGUACGCAAUAUAUACAUAGUAGGUAUACAAAGCUAAAUAAAGAUUCUAACUACGAUACCUUCAUAACGAAAAUGAUAGUGCGAAGUUCGAACCUAAAAUGAAAAGCAAAGUAACAUAAAAAUUCGAAAUCCAGUUUUUGAUAUAUUACGAAACACUACAUCGUACUACCUACAUGUACACAACUUUAAGCUUCAAGUUAUAGCUGAAAUUAAAGUUUUAUUUCAAUAUGUGUUUUAUAUAUACAUUUUUUUAUUCUAUUAAACUUAUGAAAAAUGGUUUUAGCUUGCAUCUCAGGUGACGAUAUACCCAAAUGGUAACUAUUAAAUGCGUGUGAAAUGUUUGGAGGUAUGUGCAAAACUAUAUUAAAAAAUUAAAUUGUUUAGUAAUUAUACAUUCGUUAUAAUGUAAGGGUGCCUGUACAUUUAAUAAAGUCAACCAGAAUAAUGGAAAUUAGCAGAAGUCCUGAACCAUUUUUUCUAAUUUUAACACUUAUUCAAGAAAAGUUGCGCACUUAAUUUCUGACUUAUUUUGAUAGUUAUUAACCGUUGUAUGAAGUUCAUACAUAAUUCUGUUUCACGAACGGACAGACAGACAUAUAUAUAUAUAUAUGUAUGUAUGUUAAUAUUAGUUUAAGAUGUUAAAAACAACUUUGCUGAAUGCUGUGUUAGUAUUAUAUAAUUACAUCAACAACCUAUGAGAGACCGUUGUUACUGUCAGAAAAGUUAGCACAUUCAGUUCAUACUUUUAAUAUUUGUUGAGCGACGUUUCAGUCCCAUUUUUAAAAGUACUUUAAAAGCGCAUACAUUCUUUUCGAAAGCAAAUGUAGUUCGUUAUUUCACAUUCAUAUACACAUGUAACAAAAUGCCUUCAUUU